AUGGCCUCUGUCGACAGCAUCGAACUCGCCAAAGUUGCUGCUUCACCGCUCCCCGCAGACUACGAAGACCCAAACCACCCACACUUCCCGCAGAAUUUGGAAGCCCAAACCGGCCAGGUGAAGCUGCCUUGGUACACGAAGAAGAAAUCUCUCUGGGCUCUUGUCUGUGUUGGACUUCUUCUCACAACGCUGGCGGCGGCAGCUCUUGGAGGUUGGAAAUAUGCGCAACGCAGGGCUGUGGCCGCGCAAGCUCCUGCGAAUGCAAGUAUGACGGCGAGCCAGGCAGUCGAGUGGCAUACUACAGAAGUCACAGUAACUCAUCUCACUACCACGCAACUCAACACCACCACUAUUCCACCCCCAACGACCCGCACUCUCAGGCUGACUCCCAUCGGCGCGACAACAAUCUGGGACACCACAACAACAGUGCCGUUCUCAGCGCCGCUUCCCCCGAUUCCAGAAUCCGCAGCAUCAUCGAACGUGCCCUCUUCGAGCGCAACCCCCUCAUCCAACGCUCCUCCGCCCGCGACUCCUUCAAAUCCAAAGGCCGGGAAUGAUUGCACUGAGAUCGGAACGUAUUCCUCGAAGCAUAUAUGCCAAGAUCAUUGCGACGCACUGCCCCGGGAGGGGGAUACCAUUUCUCUGUUUAUCUUAACACCCUUACUUCCCUUGAAUGCGCAAGUCCUUCGAUCCAACUGUCAAAGUUCGCCGCAUUGUGACUACACAUUCCCCCUUCAUUAUACCUCCACUUCAUCCACCUUCUCCCAGCCACGUAUAACUACCGCCGCCAACGCCAAUACCGCUUCUCCCUGUAUUGCGAAACACACCCGUCCAUCAGAACAACUCAUCGUGGCCCAAACAUCCCUUCCCCAGUUCACGUCUCCGGAGCUCUUCCCCGAGCACCUGCCGGAUCGCCCCCGCGAACCGUCGCGCUUCGCAACCCUUAUACGGAAUCCGUACCUGCAAGCUGUGGUCGGAUUCAUUGCUGUCCUCCUGCUCAUCACGCUCGCGGUCUACAUAGGCAUCAGGCUGGGAAGUACGCAAAACCAGCACCGACGUUAUUCCUCCACGGAAGCCAUCGCCACGCAGAUACCAACGACGCCUCUCAGGUCAACACAAACGGUGUGUGUAACGAUGGAUAGUGUAGUAACCCAGCAUAUCACCGUAGAACUGAGCAGUCUCCAGAGCACGGCGUGGGUGACGAAGAUUGUUCCGACGCCUACAGUACGGUGCGCAGGAGGCGCGUUUUCGCAUCCGGAGUGUCAGAAAGGAAAAUGA